CGACGCUUUGCUCGCACGUUUUGCGAUAGUGUGAGUGAGUGGCGCUGCUGCCGGGAAUAGAUUGCAGUUUCCUCGACCGUGUGAACUGGAAGCUGGAAAAUUCGAACCGAUCUGGGGAAACACUUAGUUGCGUCAAGUCCAGAUAAUAUCGACAUUUGUUGAAAAAGAAGAGCGAAAUCCUUUGAACAAGGUCAGCAGUGCCGCACGGUUCGGCGCGAGCCAGGCCCGGCGGGGACAACGCGGUCGAACGGCUACGCCGAAGAAGUUUGUUGUUGUCACGUGACCCGAGACGAAUGUGGCGAUAAAACUUUUUUCCUCUCUCUCUCUCAAAAUUAGCGCGGUUUUGAUUUUUCCAUUAAUUUGAAUUGCUGUGUUACUUUUAAGGCAUGCCUCAGCCAAAGUACAGGAAAAUUGCCGUGCUGGGCUACAGAUCAGUAGGCAAAUCUUCCCUUACGAUCCAGUUUGUGGAAGGACAGUUCGUUGAUUCCUAUGAUCCCACCAUUGAAAACACUUUUAAUAAAAUUGUGUCUGUGAAUGGACAGGACUUCAAUCUGCAGCUGGUGGAUACGGCGGGACAGGAUGAAUACUCCAUUUUCCCCCAGUCACAUUCAAUGGACAUCCAUGGUUAUGUGCUGGUAUACUCUGUUACCUCUAUGAAGAGUUUUGAAGUCGUUCAAGUCCUUCACGAGAAGCUGCUGGACAUGGUUGGGAAAAUACAGGUGCCAAUUAUUCUUGUUGGGAACAAAAAAGAUCUUCACAUGGAAAGGGUGAUCAAGUAUGAAGAGGGGAAGAAACUGGCUGAUUCCUGGAAAGCUACAUUCAUGGAGUCCUCAGCAAAGGAGAACCAGACUGCUGUAGAAGUAUUCAAAAGGAUUAUUAUGGAGAUGGAAAAAGCGGAUGGGAUUACACCUUCACGGGACAAGCCGUGUAGAAUAAUGUAGAUGUUGCAGCAGGAUGGUAGUGGGUCCAUCUGCAGAAGCCAGGGGACACACCAGAACCCACCGUUCAUCACCAGCAAACAAUCAUACGGCACCACAGAAGCACCAUCUAUUGUCUCAAACUGCCUUUGGCAUACAGCCAGCCUAUCAGAGUGAAGAUUGAAAUAAGAUAUGACUCACUUGUACUGAUUCCGAACACAUCUCAAAAUAUGGAUAACAUUAUAAAGCACUGAAGCCAGAACUUCAAAACUAAUCAAAAUAGUCAUGGCUAAGUCUGAAUUAAAUCUGAAGGAUAGAAAGUGAAUCAGUUUUUUUUUGUAAAACUGCUAUUGUUCAUCUGCAUAGAAGGUGCUUUAGAAAUAGUUUGUUUUUGAAUUAAUUCACAUCAAAGGGUCAUGUUAACCUUAUUUCACUUGAAUUCUCCUAAAACCAAUAAUGAAAGAUCGUGAUCAAUAUAUUUUGUUCUAUCAAGGCCUCAUGCAACAAGUAUAUCUGACUGUUUUCAGUCUGUGUUAGCAGUAUAAGAGCCAGGCAGUUCUGAGUGGCCCAACUAUGCUUGGCCCACAGAACGUGGCCCGCUAUAAACUGUCAAACUGUAUGAUGAGACUGGAGGUUCAAAGUUAAAACUGCUGCAACAGUGUGACAGUGAGCAUGUGGUUUAUUGUAUGCAAUGUUAUCGAUCUGAAGGUUACAUUCUGGUUGCCUCUUACUAAACUAUUACUUGCCUUUAUCUCUGCUGUAUUGGUGUGGGCAGAUGACAAAGGGAUUUGUAAGCUGGAUAAGUUCAGCUUCUAUGGAUUUUUACAGCUAUUUCUCUACUGUAGCGUAUGAAAUUUGUACAAAAGUAUUUCGAAUAACUGUAAUCAUGUCUUGAUUUAACCCACUUCCUUUCCAUUGUGAUCAUCUUUGCUUUUUGUUAAAAGAAUGGCUCCAUAUUAUAAUUUUGCUGUUUUUUUAAGAGUAGUUUUACUAGAUAGCAAGUCAGCCAUUGUUUAAAAUAAAGGGUUUAGUUGUAUGUCAUGGGAUAUGAUGUCUUGCAUAUUUAGUCCCUAAUAAGCAGCUGGUCUUAGAUUUUUCACAAGUUGUUUCUAAAACAGUAUUUAUAUAUGAAAUGUAUAUAAACUGCUACUAGAACAACAGUUGUUUAGUUUGAGGCUGUACCAUAUGUAUUUAAGAAUAUACUUGACAACUUUUUUCACCUUUACCACCAGUUUGCCUUAGUACUUAAUGCAGAUAUAAAACCGCAAAUGUCAAUUUAUUUUGCUUGCAGAUAUGUUUGUAUUUAUUACUUUUCAAUUUUAUGUUAGAAUAGUUGUUGAAUAAUCAAAUGUUGACAGAUUUAUGGUGGAAGGUAGUGCUUGUGCUGGUGAGUGUCCUGUGCCUUAUCCAAACUAUCCCUACUUCCAUCUCAGAAUGAAGGUGCUCUGUUUGGUUUUCCUGCCUGGUGACUCAAACCUGAAAUCCACCGGUGUUGAGGUGCAACAACAUACUGACUCCAUAUGGCUGGAGUUUACAGCAAGCUUUGUGUAAAGUUUUGUAUAUACAAAUAAAUGUUCUUUAAAAAUGCACA